UCAAAUUACUCAAACCAAAGCAUUAUUCUCAUCUUCUAUAUCUUCUGCACUCUUCAACUUCAUCAUAAUCCAGCCAUGGCUUCUCCUUCUGGGAAAUCCAUCAUCAUAGUUCUAUUCCUUAUGGCUUUCACAUUCCCAUGCAUGUUGAUGAGUUCCAGUGUUGUAGCAGCUCGUCAUCUUCUGCAAACGACACAGCCUUCGAUUCCAAACAUGCCUGGAAUUCCAAGCAACUUGCCUAAACCUACAGGUUUACCACCUUUGCCUUCAAUCCCAACAACACUGCCUCAGCCAAACAUUAAUGUUCCUCCUUUGCCCACAAACAUCCCUAAUCUUCCUUCCAUGCCUACCAUUCCGACAGUGCCGCAGGUUUCUCUUCCUCCAUUGCCAUCUUUAAACUCCUUCCCAAACAUUCCCUCAAUUCCCACCAUCCCUACCACUAUGCCUACCAUUCCAUUCCUCUCUCCUCCUCCUUCUAAUUAAUCUCAGAGAGAACGGUUCACUUAAUGCUGUUCAUCUGCUGUUAGUUUUCCUUUAAACAUGCAUGUAGCACUUAUUAUGUAAUUCAUUUGUGUUGGAUUAUGUUGCUUUCUUGUAUUCACCACGUGGGGAAGAGUUGUAUGUCACUAUUUAAUUAUAUAUGUGUCAUUUCUUCUUUUAUUAUUA